CAGGGCAAGCUUCACUGUUGCGUUGCUGGGAAGAACUAAAAGUGGGAACCGGGUAAAGCAGGGUCCGUCCUGUGAUGACCAGGGGCCCUUCUCCCAAAGAUGGAAAUCUAAGUGGAGAAAUGCAGUUGAGGGCUUUUCCUGCUUCUGAGUGCACAUGGUGGCCCCACAACUCCUAAUUCCGCUUCCCAGAGAAUCUGACUAAUCCAUCGCAGAGGAAGUCUACCGCUGAUUCAAUAAGGCGAGAGGAAAAGGCUGUAGGACUCGCCCGUGGCUGCAGCAUGCAGAGAAGCACUGACAGAGAGAGAAAGAAGCAAUUGAACCAGAAAGAUGUCAAUGGACUUGGCCAAAAUCCAGACAAUGGACUACUGGUUACGCACGUUAACCAGACGCAGGAUUUACUGAGGCUGCAGGACGAGCCCCAGCCUUCAGCUUGGGAAGACUCCGAAGAUUGGCUUUCAACUCACAGUUUAGAGCUUGAGAAACUCACCUUGGCUGACCUGAUAAGCCAGGGCACAGCUGUGCUGGAGGAGGGCAGCAAUGUCAUGAAGAAAGUGCACUUCUCCGCCCAGCUCAUCCACCAAUUUGAAUCAAAGCUCUCUGAAGCCCUGGAACUCUAUCGACACAGAAUGCGGUGGCUCGGAGAAAACAGCAGAAAGGUAUUUGGCCUCAUCAAGGGGGCCAGAGUUGGUGUCCUCAUUGAUGUGUCAGCUGUCAGCAGUGGCCCUCAGAGAGAAGAGUUCCAGAAAGACAUCAUGAAACUCAUUGACGAGCAGCUGAGCCACAAGGAGAAGCUGUACGUCCUGUCCUUCGGCACCACGCCCAGCGCCCUCUGGCCGGACCCCGUGGAUGUCAGCGCCUCCAUCCUCCAGGAGCUCACGCUCUGGGUAAAGAAUCUGAAGCCCGAUGGAGGCAGCAAUCUGCUACAAGCCCUGAGGAAAAUCUUCGCACUCAAGGGGCUGAAUUCUCUGGUCAUCCUCCUGGGAAGCUGCCCAGACCAGCCUGCUGACAUCCUGUCCGACUACAUCCAACAGGCCACCAUGGGCACGGGCCUCCUUCCCCACAUCAUCACCUACAAAUGCGCUGGCCAGGUGCCCCCGGCUGUCCUGAAGAACCUUGCUGAAGCUGUCGGCGGCUGCUACCACUGCUACAGCCCGGAAGUGGAGAUCUAUACCAGCCGGGAUGUGGACCAGCUCCUGGCCGAAAUCCAAAAGGCCCAGAACCUCAUGGGCCACGUCCAAGCCCUGCGCCACAGCGCCCCGUGCCCGGAGCUCACCGGCCUGAUGAAGGAGAUUUCCACAGAGAUUGCCAAAGGAUCACCCACAAGUCUCUUGCCUAAACCUCCAAAGCAUGAAGCUCCCCUCACAAUUGAGUUCCCAAACCUGGAGAAAACUUCUGCUGAAUGGCUCAAGGUUAAUGGCCUAAGAGCCAAGAAGCUCAGCCUUUAUCAGGUUCUGGCCCCCAACGCAUUCCCUCCCGUGGAGGAAUUUGUGCCUAUCCUCCAGAAAACGGUCUCGUCAACCAUCCACAAGAAGGCAAUGGUACAAUUUCAAUGGCAUGAUGGGACAGUGAAGAAUAUUCACGUGGACCCGCCCUUCCUCUACGAGUACCAGAAACAGCUGGGCAGAGCUCUGCGGACGUAUGAGAGGCGGAUUGAGUGGCUCUCCUUGGCCAGCAGAAGAAUCUGGGGCACCGUCUGCGAAAAAAGGGUGGUUAUACUGCUCGAUAUCUCUGCGACCAGUUCCACGUACAUUAUUCAUAUCCAGCACUCCCUGCGGCUGCUGCUGGAGGAGCAGCUGGCCAACAAGGACGCUUUCAACGUCAUCGCGUUUGGAGGCACCAUUGAGAGCUGGCAGCCUGAGAUGGUUCCUGUGAGCCAGGACAACUUACAGAGCGCCUGGCGGUGGGCCCUGGGCCUGCACUGUUGGGGCAGCAGAAACGUCCUCAGCGCCCUGCGCAAGGCUGUGGAAGUGGACUUCAAGGGCAAAGACAGACACCAGUCUCAGGGCAUCUACCUCUUCACCGGGGGCGUCUCCGACCAGGACAUGCCCAUGCUCAGCGCCUACAUGGCCCAGGCCUGUGGGGGCUGCGACCUCCAGCUGAACGUGUGUCUCUUCUACGUGGGUGAGCCCCAGAUGGACGCCACACCCCCUGCCUGCUACGCCAGCCGCACCGACACGGCCAGUGCCUACCGGGAGGUGACCCGGGCUGUGGGUGGCCGCUUCCACUGGUUUGGAGACACAGGCAUUUAUGAAAGUGACGAAAUCAACGCCAUCGUGUCUGAGAUGGAAAAGGCUCUCAACUACUCCCAAAAGUGUGCUUUACUAAUGUCCUCCCUGAAGAACCAGUCAAGAAAAGACCUGGAAAGCACAGCCCUCCCGAAAGAAAAGCCAAAGAUGCCCAAGCAAAGAAGUCAGCCCAGGAAGCUCUGUCCUUCCACGCCCACGCCCCGCUCUGCCGCCAGAAUGAGCAUUAGAGAAGACCCUGACAGAGAGCGGACCCCCUUGAAAGCCCUGAUGUGGCGUCCACUCACUGGCAAAGUGGGCAUUCCACCAGCUGCAGCCCAGCCAUGCAAAGCGGCAACGGCAGACCGGAGGAGGAAGUCCAACCUGAAGGCGGCAGAGCCAUCUCUCUCCCUGUUUUACACAGAGAUCGGAAAUAACGUGGGCUCGGUGUACAAGAAGUACCCGCGAGGAAGGUGCAUACGAAGGACCAGCUCUCCUGUGGAGUUGCCCAGAAAGGAUACAGUCUGCUCAAGCCAAGAGUGGGUAGCAAAUUAUGGGCUAAAAAAGCUGAAGCUGGAGCUCUCCAGACACAUCGGUCCCAACUGCACUCAUCAGAAGUCAGGACGGACGCCAGCGGCAGCCAAAACCUGCAGCAUCCUCCCCUCCGUAGAGGUCAAUGGGACGGUGAGACAUAUUCACUGGACGCCCAGGGAAAUCGAAGCCUACAUCACGUGCCUGCAGAAGGUGAUCAGACGCUAUGUCCACAGGCUGCAGUGGCUGCUGUCUGGGAGCCGCAGACUGUUUGGUGCCAUUUUGGAGAAGCGAGUGUGCAUUGUGCUGGACACCUCAGGGUCCAUGGGCCCCCACCUGCAGCAGGUGAAGACAGAGCUGGUCCUGCUGAUUUGGGAGCAGCUGCGGAAGCACUGUGACAGUUUUAACCUGAUCAGCUUUGCAGAGGAUCUGCAGCCAUGGCGGGACGCUCUGGUGGAGACCACGGAUGCAGCGUGUCACGAGGCCAUGCAGUGGGUGACCCGCCUGCACGCUGAGGGGAGCACCUCAACCUUGCAAGCCUUACUGAAAGCUUUCAGUUUUCACGAUGUGGAAGGACUGUACCUCCUGACCGACGGGAAGCCAGACACAAGCUGCAGCCUUAUUCUAAGUGAAGUUCGAAGACUCACGGAGGAACGAGACGUGAAACUGCACACGAUCUCCCUGAGCUGCUCGGGCAGGGCCGAGACUAACUUCCUGAGACAUCUGGCCUCCCUCACUGGGGGGCGCUAUCACUGCCCUGUGGGUGAGGACACGCUCUUCCAAAUUCACGGCCUGCUGACCAGGGGCUUCGCGGCUGAAAAGGACCUCCCAUUGCCACUAUUUGAAGGAGAUGAUUUAAGGAGAUUGGCCCAGGAGAUCACCAAAGCCAGAAGCUUUCUCUGGCAGGCCCAGUCAUUCAGGUCCCAACUCCAGAAGAAAAGCAACGUGGACCCAAAGGUCACUCUUUUGUAGAGAGGUCAUCUCAGCCACCCUACGCUCCAGUCACAAGACUGUCACUCGGCGAGAAGCCUUGCACUAAGCCUCCUGCCUGGAACAUCCUUCUUGCCACCAUCUGCCUGGUGACUCCUGCUCAUCCUCCCAGGCACAGCUCAAAUGCCAUCAGCUC